CUUGCUUUACCUGCGGCCUGUGGUCCGUCGGCGUGACCCUCUGUGAGAUCCGUGCCGACCUUAGCGCGUUCCUGCAGCCCGUCCCUUCGCCUGGAUGAGGGACGCCUGUUCCUUGUAGGGGAGUUGGACUAGAUGGCCUUUAAGGGUCCCUUCCAGCUCAAAUGAUUCUACGGUUCUAUGAAAUCAAGUAAUUCCCAAGUGUGAAUACCUCCCUUAAUAAGAAACAAUACGAUUACUGAGCAAGGCAGUUUAGCAGGUGGGUGCUGGGAGCAAACCGAGCUGUCCUGGCUGGACUGGACUUCAAGUUAAAGCAUCAAAACAGCAGUGAAACAGAACUGCUUGGGUCAUCCUGCUGGGAGUUCGGGUGGAGCAGACUGUAUUUCUGACUGAAGAGUGGGAAGCUUGUGUCAAUCCACCUCAAAAUGUAUCCUGGCACAGAGCUGGCAGAGCUGGCAUCUGCAGAAGGGAAACAGGGUAUGCUGCUGUGAAUGUGUCUGGAGACAUGGUGGGAAUCUUCUGAGCUAAUAACCUCAGAAAUUCUGGGAAGGAGACAGCGAAUAACAUAGAGCAGCUAUCUGACAAAAGCACGUUGCACCACUCCUCAUGCAGGUGUUCCUGAUCAGAAUGCAGCUCUAAAAACCUCCUGAAGAAGGGAGAGGUGGAAGUUACAGCGUUCUUAGAAAUGAGGACACCUUGGGUAAACUAUUUGACAUAUUGACAAGUCCUCAUUUGACAGCACCUUAUUACCAGACACAUAUUCUUCUACCCUGUGUUAUAUCUGAACAGUGGGCCACCCUGCAGAUUGAGAAGGGAAUAAAAAUGCAGAAGGUGCUGGCGCUUGAAAAUUUAAUCGCCAACGGGAUCAUCCAGAGAGAGGAAACCUCCAUGGAAAAGGAGAUUGCUGGCCAGCACAGGGGAUACUUCAGCCUUGCAGAUAUUAUGUACUUUGCCAAGAAGGGGUGUGAGACAGUUGCAGAAGAUGAAGUCACACAGCGGUUCACCUCUGAGGAGCUGUUGUCCUGGAAUCUCCUCAGCAGAACCAAUGCCAACUUUCACCGUGUCAGCUGGCAACUGACCACUGUGUGGAUCGUUGGGAUCUUAAUCCGGUACUGUCUCCUGGUGCCCUUUCGCAUCUUCUUGGCUUUCUUCAGCAUCCUCUUGCUGGUCUCAGCAACUACGGUAGUAGGACAGUUUCCAAAUGGCAGGGUUAAAUGCUGGCUGAGUAACCAAGUUCAGCUGACAUGUGCUGCGUUAGGUGUCCGAUGUCUGAGUGGUCUUGUUCAAUUCCACAACAGGGAAAACAGACCGCGGAAAGGAGGCAUCUGUGUAGCCAACCACACAUCUCCACUAGAUGUUCUAAUCCUGGCUAGUGAUGGAUGCUACUCCUUGGUUGGCCAGGUACAUGGAGGGCUUCUGGGACUUAUUCAGAAAUCUUGUAUGCAAACCAGUCAGCAUGUUUUGUUUGAACGUUCAGAAAUGAAAGAUCGACAUCUGGUGAGAAAAAGAAUCAGAGAACACAUUGCAGACAAGGCCAAAUUACCCAUUCUAAUUUUUCCCGAAGGUACCUGCAUAAACAACACGUCAGUUAUGAUGUUUAAGAAGGGAAGCUUUGAAGUAGGAGGGAUCAUCCAUCCGGUAGCUAUCAAGUAUGACCCUCGAUUUGGAGAUGCGUUCUGGAACAGCACCAAGUAUUCCAUGAUGACCUAUGGUUUUAAUGUGUUGACCAGCUGGGCUAUUGUCUGCAAUGUGUGGUACCUGCCACCAAUGGUCAAAGAGGAAGAAGAAGAUGCUGUUCACUUUGCCAACAGAGUCAAGGCUGUCAUUGCUGCUCGGGGAGGAAUGUCUGUACUUCCAUGGGAUGGAGGACUGAAAAGAAAAAAAGUCAAAGAGUCUUUCAAGGAAGAGCAACAGAAAAAAUAUUGCCAGCUAGUGACAGAAAAUGGGUUUGUGGGAAAUGGAAAUGUUUACUAAAUGUUAUUUAUUUUAUCUCCUGUUUUUUUGACUGGACUUAUCCUCGUGGAAAAUGGGCUUUUUUUAUAUUAAAAUUCCUUCCUGCUGUCCCUGUCAGAUAUUUUGCUUAUGACACAGUAGAGAAGCCACGAACAAACAGUAUUUUAUUUCAAAUAAGGAUAUUGGUUUAAAAAUAGGAGCAUUUAUGAGAUUCUUGUGAAAUUCUCUUCAAUGAUGAAUGUGAAGAAUCUGCAGUAAAAUUACCUAGGUUCGUUAGAACACGUGUUUUAAAGAAAUCUUUAAGUUACUUAGAGUCUUAACUGGUAAUUUCUUAACUACUAAUAAAACAUAUGUCUUCACAACCUGCAUCAGCACCUUGUUUAGCUGUUUUCCUGUGAGCUGCAGGCACUGUGUUGUUGUAGAGAUACGCUUGCCCUGUGAGAAGACGUGGAACAGUUCACCAUAAUGUUUUCAGAAUUCCAAGGUGCAGAUGAAGUGUUGGAUGUCAGAAGGGGAAAAAAGCACUUGCUGACUUUACUCUCCAUGUCACAAGACAAGUGAUUGCCAGGUAGGAUAUUUCCCACUGUACCACUGACUAACAGCAGCACAGCAGCCAUGGCAACGUGUUCCAGGUGCCUGCUUGUGUGACAUGAGGAUCAUUUGGUGAAAGCCAAGGACAGUGGUGUGGAAAAAUAUAUUUUAAAAUUUAUAUUUUGUCUUCUGAUUUUCCUAUAUUUCUUUCUGUGUCUGUCUGAAUGCAUUGCACAAAUUAAGGAAAACCUACGUCAUGGCUUCCACUAUGUUCUGUUGUAAUUAUUGCUUCUUAAAUCUUAAAUAAUACUACUUAAAUCUCUUCAGCGUGCCAGAGUUUAAAACAGAAAAUAUUUUUUUCUGUGUGGCAGAUGUCUUUAAGGCACUAGCAGAAAUUGUAGUUCUAUGUAGAGGGUUAAAAUACGUAUUGGGCCUAUGACUUUUGCUUUACCAUGUCGCUUCAUCUUGCUCAGAGUUGGAAGGGGAGACAGAAUAGGCACAAAGAAAGGACAGAGAAGGAAAGAGAUGGCGAGAUCAGAAUUGUUGUAACACAAAUUUUCUCAUUUGGACUAUGUUUUUAGAAGACAAUAGGAGAUGAUGUCCCUCUCUACCUGUCAUGCAAUGCUUCCCCAGCUCACUGAAAGGAGGAGAGCUGUUGGAUGUGUGAUCCUUGUUACAGUUAUAACUCAUCUUGCAUGUUUGAAUCUGCAAGUAUCACACAUCACUUGUUCAGCUGUGGAAGGAGUGGGCACAGGGUGUGUGUGUGUCUUUCUGUCUGUUUUCUCUGCCAUCUUUUGACUAUCUUGACAAGAAAAAGCUAAACACUUUGUCAAAGAGGUACUUUUUUAUGCAGUGACAUUUAAAGCAAAUGUUGAACCCAACAGCUUCUCAGUGAUAGCUGAGGUGUGAAUGCUAGCCUGACUUCAAAUGGAGACUACUGUCUUACCAUGCUUAGAAGAAUUGUUUCUUGUUUUUAUAGUUGCUUUUUAACCUACCCUCCAUCUCUCCCUCUCCUUUCCCUCGAUAUUCUAUGCAUGUUCUGUAUUCCACUUGCAGUUGUCAGCAGUGGCCUUUGGCAGGCACUUUUAACCAUAAUUGUUUACUGCACUCAGAGCGCUAGCAUUAUGGAGGAGUUGCUUGGCUAUGAUCUUUUGGAAAACAACCAUGUCCUCCUCCUCCUCCAGCAGGAGGAUGUGAUGGCAGUAAAAAGAUCAUGUUCUCACGAUAACUUCUGAGUGGGAAGCUGGGAAACUGCAACUUAUUUCUUAUGUAAUUUUUCUUUUUUCCAGUGGAUCGAGCACUCAAAAAAUGUCCUUUCUCAGGUAUACUUCCAACACUGGAGCUUGUAAAGAAGUCACUUGAAAGCAGCUUUUGAGAUGCUCGUGUUACUACUGCCUGUGUCUUCCUUGGGGGGGAGUAGAACUUGUGGUAAAAGCGUAAACCGUCUCUACGUUUACAUUAUAGGUGCAGAACGAAAUGACUUUAGGGCCUGGUUCUUAUUUCUGGGUUUUAACCUCUGGAGUAACAAGAGUUAUUUGGAUAUAAUCAAUUCUCAUGUUUAAAGUAUAUUGUGCUGCUCUGCUAAUAACAUAAAGUAACUUGAAGCUUUUUAACUUUCCAGUGAGUUUAUGUGUAAUUGACUGUCAUUGCCCUAAUUUACCAUUUUUUUAGACAGCUUCUCUAAAUUCCCUGGCCCUCCAAGAACACUUAUGUUAUCGAAGAUCAGAGAGGACCAGAAGUCUUGAGGUGUGACUUUGUUUUCUAUAAUGUUUGGCAACACUGUGUAAGGGAUGCCUAAAUGCCCUGCUGUUCAUUAAGACAAUGCCUAGCUCAGACAUGAGAAAUCUUACUUAUAUCAAGAGAAACGUUACAGAUGGUUAGAAGACAUAGUGAUAAGUAACUUCGUGACCUUUUGGACUCUGAGAAUUUAGUCAGAGUUUGGUAAAACCACUCAUCAUCCUUUAAUGCAUUUGCAUGUGAAGACUGACUGCUGUGACUACAGAGUUCUUAAUCCUCUGUUGUCCAAAUGUCUCUUCUGCAGCUGCAUUAUCCUUAGGAACAUCUGCAGUGCUCUUCUCUCUGACUUCAGCUGACCUGCUGAUCCUCUCUCUUUCCUAACUACCUGAUUAAGUCCAUUUUGCAUGUUUUCAGGGACUCUCUCUAUGUAUUGUAAGAAAUGUGCAUUAAAAGUAAUGUGAAUAGUGCCAUCUAGUUGGCACUAAAAGACUCUUUUCUGAACAUCCUUCUUAACAUUUCGUUAUAAUGCAGAGAGGUUUGUUUCAUUUGUACUUAGAAAUUCGAUGUAAUGCUGAAGGCACUGUAAUACAGAAGAUGUUCUGGUCUUGUUUCUGCCACCUAUUUCUUGGAGCAGCAGUCAAAACAGCAGGGCAGCCUGUGCAGCUUUCCAGGGCUGUGUCAUUUGAGGCCUGAUUUCAAGUAGACCAGUGAAGUUAGGUCACAGAUGCACUGCAGACAGAACCUCUGAAUUUUAUACUCUAAGGAUGAUUUGCUUUUGGAAAUGCUUGUGGUGGAAAAACUGUUUUUGAAUUGUUUCUGAAUUGUUUGUGUGAUUUCGAACACGUUCCCCAGCUUUGAAACAGAUUAUAGAGAUGACCUGUGGGGGUUUCUUAGGAUCAUCUGCUUUUGGAGAAGUACUCUCAGGAACUAGUAUAGGGACAGAGGUGUUCUUUGCUCUUUUCUUUUUAUUGUUUCUCUCUAUUGUUUCUCUUAGCUUUGUAUCCAUUUCUCCUCCCCCCUUUCUCCUUCUUGAUUAUCUAUUCUAUUUAAUGAUGGCUUCUCAAUUAGUGUACCAGACUCCUUUGUGAGAAGGGUUCAUUCUGAUCAAUUGUCAUCAAGGCUAGCAUUCAGUACAUCCAAUCAAUGCUGUUCUAUAUAAUGGCUGUGCUAUUGACUGAUUUCUAAUUUUACAGUAUGUUGAGCCCUGUUGAACUCUUUUAAUAUGAUAAUUGCUUUACUAAUCAGUAAUCAUGAUUUGUGUGCAAUUGAGGAUUAUUGACAUCAAUUGAUAUCCCUUGGCAUUUGUAUUUUGCUGUAAGGAAGAUGCAUGUGGCAGAACACUUUACGUACCAAUAGAUAUUAAAUGGAAUAAUAGUGAGGAAAAUACUAUAUGCAUGUAUACCCACUUUUUUUACAAACAAAAUUUAGAAAGGUCAUUUCUUAAAAUAUAGGAAUGGUUACUAAAUACUACUUUUUAACAUCAUAUAGGCAGCUGUUAAACAACAUUCUGUAAGAACACCACAAGCAUUCAUUAGUCUGUGUUAAAUACUAGCUAUUAGUCUACACAUUAAAUAUUGCCUAUCGAUUAUUAGUGUACACAUUAAAUUGCCUAUCGAUUAUAUAACAUGUAUUUUAAAUGUGCAUCACAUACGGCUAGAGUCAGUCUCCUUUACCCAUAAGUGUAUAACUUUAC